AUGUCUAGUUUUGCUAAUUUAUUCAGCAAGUCUACUAAAGUAGACAGUGCUAUUGACAAAUUGUUUAACAACUCCGCCGAUGGUCCAGUUUCCAAGGAAGAAUUAAUCAAUAAGAAAAGAACCGUUAUAAAUAUCCCAGAAACCAAACCAACUAAGACUAAGAAUGCUAAACAAACUGAAGAAGAAGAAGAAGAAGUAGAAGUAGAAGAAGAUCAUACUAGUAAGUCAGAAGACAGUGAAGAGUCAGAAGAAAAAGAUGACGACGAAGAAGUCGGUGAAGAAGAAGACGAAGAAGAAGACGUCCCAGUUAAGAAAUCUAAAAAGAAAGAUGAUAACGAAGACUUGGAAUCAAAAUAUUUUGACAAACUCAUGACUGAAAACAAACAACAAGAUGAAAAGGAAGGCGAAGAAGAAAGUAAAGAUUCGGGGGAUGAAAAAACUGAAGAUGAAAAAUCAAAAAGAGCCAAAGCCGCAAAAACUAUCGAUUUUAAAGAAGCAGAAUUGGAAAAAGCUGAUAGAACUGUAUUUGUUGGUAACGUUCCAUCAGAGAUCAUAAAUUCAAAAGCCAUUGAAAGAAGUUUUAAAAAAUUAUUCAAACAUUAUGGUAAGAUUGAAUCUAUCAGAUAUAGAUCAAUUUCAUUUGAUGAAAAUUUACCAAGAAAAGUUGCUUUUGCUAAAAAAAAUUUGCAUAAAUCAAGAGAUUCAGUUAAUGCUUAUAUCGUUUAUAAAGAAAAACCUGCUUCUUUAGCAGCUAAGGAAUUAAAUGCCACUGUUUUUGAAGAUCAUCAUCUUCGAGUCGAUCACGUGGCUCAUCCUGCUCCUAAAGACAACAAGAAAACUAUUUUUGUUGGUAAUUUGGAUUUUGAAGAAAAAGAAGAAUCUUUAUGGAAAUAUUUCAAUAGCAAACUUGAUAAUGAUGUCGAAUCGGUAAGAAUUAUCCGUGAUUCUAAAACUAAUUUGGGUAAAGGUUUUGCAUUGGUCCAAUUUAAAGAUACUUUGUCAGUCAACAAAGCUUUAUUAUUAAAUGAUAAACCUUUAGAAGUCGAAGGUAACACCAAAAAAGGACGUAAAUUACGUAUUUCAAGAGCAAAAUCUACUGCUAAACCAUCAUUAAUGUCUCCAAACCAUUUUGAAAACCAAAAAAAGAAAUUUGCUGCCAAUAAAUCACAACAAAAAUUCACCGAUUCUCAAAAAACUAAAUUAGGUAGAGCUCAAACAGUAUUGGGUAAAGCUGAUAGAUCAACAGUUGGUAAAGCAAAGAAAACUAUCUUGGAAGGUCAAAGAGCUGCAAAAGGUGAAAAUAUUAAAGGUAUCAAAGGCUUGAAAGCAAGCAAAGGCAAAGGCAAAGGCAAGGGAAAAGUUAAGAAACCAAGAAUAAGAGAAAGAUCAACCAAAUUUAAAGAAGAAAGAAAAUCCAUGAACAAAGUUUAA